CGUUCGGUACGUGCCGUGCCUGGCGCUGCUCCGAGCGCUCUGCCAUCACCUCUAGGCCCAAGCACCAUGCUGCGCCGCAAGCCCUCCAACGCCAGUGACAAGGAGCCGGGCCACAAGAAGCUCUCCCUCCAGCGCUCCAGCAGCUUCAAGGACUUUGCCAAGGCCAAAGUCAACUCCCCCGUUGUGACAGAGAAGGAGUUCAAUCUGGAUGAGAACAUCCCUGAGGAUGAGCCCGGCAGCGUUGGCCCCAACGAUGCAGCACGGAGCAGUGGGAUGAAGCUGGGCAAGAAGUGGAGAGCCGUCAUCUCCCGCACCAUGAACAGGAAGAUGGGCAGGAUGGCCCAGAAAGCGCUGGCUGAGGGGAAGGGAGACGUGGAGGAGGAGGGGUCUCUGUCCUCCCUGUCCCCAGCCAGCAGCAUGGAGGAGCCAAGCCAAGAGAAGGUGCCCCUCUCCUACAUGGAGAUGGAGGAAGAUGGGCACCCAUCCAUUGGCCGCCAGCUGUCCAGUGGUGAGUGCAGCCCCAGCCCCUAUGACAAGGACUCACUGAAGCUGCAGAAAGGGGACAUCAUCGGCAUCAUCGAGAAGCCACCUGUGGGCACCUGGACUGGGCUGCUCAACAACAAGGUGGGCUCCUUCAAGUUCAUCUAUGUGGAUGUCAUCCCUGAGGAGACAACCCCUGCCCGCAAGAGCCGAGGCCACAGCAAGAGCAAGCGGCCCAAGCCCAAGACCCUCCACGAGCUGCUGGAGCGUAUCAACCUGCAGGAGCACACCUCCACCUUACUCCUGAAUGGCUACCAGACCCUGGAGGACUUCAAGGAGCUGCGGGAGACCCACCUCAAUGAGCUGAACAUCACAGACCCCCAGCACCGCGCCAAGCUGCUCACAGCUGCUGAGCUGCUCCUGGAUUAUGACACAGCGAGCGAGACAGAGGAAGGGGACAGCUCUGAGGCCCAGCCUUCCCCCAUAGAACCCAAAGGGGACAUUCCCCGGGACUCAGGCUGCUUCGAAGGCUCAGAAACACUGGAUGGCAGCCGGGAUGAGGCAGAAUUGACGGGCCCUGAGGGGCAGCUGCAGGCUCUCUCCCUGACAGAGUCCUCCUGAGCCCUCCCUGUCUUCCCGGACUGCCCACUCCCGGGCCUGCCCCACUGAUGGGGAGAUCCCACAGCCGCUUUCUGCUCAGGCUCUAGCCUGGCAGCAGGACCAGACUGGAGGCAACUGCUCCCCACAGCCCAUGGGAGCCUUGCAGGAGAGCACGCAAGCCCCAGCGACAGGUUCCCCAUCGCCUGGAGCUGUCACUCCAAAGAGCAGGGCAGCAUCCAGCUCACAGCCCUGCUCUGUGUGCGGGCACCGCAAGGCUGCAGCGAGUCAGCCCUCAGCCUCCCGAGGCUGCACAUUCGCUGCCCAAGGGUAUUUUACGCCCUGCUGCCUUGUCCCCGCGGCCCUGCACUGCCUCAUAAAAGAGGUGCUCCAAGCACUCCAGAGUCCAACAGAGAUUGCAGGCAAAGCCGCUGCAGGCUUGCCAGCCAAGGCUGUAUUGCCUCUUAGGGCUUUAUCCCAUUUUGCCCAUAGUUGAAGAGUUCUCCCAGGCUGAGUAAACACAAGCAUGCAGGAUCCAGCAAAGACAGGAAGGUCUACAGCAGGCACUGACAGAGCAGUGCCCAGCACCAAGCAGAAAGCAUGCAAGAGAGCAGAGGCACAGCAGUCCCACUGAGCCAGGCACUCGCAGCCAGAGAGGGCAGCUGUGCUGCCUCCCUCCAGCAUCUUCCUCACAUAGCUGAGGCUCAACCAAAGCAGACAGGGAGGGCACAAAAAAGCUUUCCUGCAAAGCUUGGGUCAUGGGGAGGUGAGGUUCAGCCCAGCCUUGAAACAGCCCCGUAAGGGCUAAGCUGCUUCAGUGGCCCCAGAGGACAAGGCAAGCUGGGGAGAAGAAAUGUGGGCUGAGCCAGUGCAGGAGCCCACACCCUCAGCUCCAGAGUCCUCAGCUCCAGCUCCCUCAGCUUUACGCGAGCAAGGUCCCCAGCACCUAAGUCAAACACCCUAGCCCCAAAGGCUUGCAGCCUGCCUGGGACUACAAAGGUGAAAUCCUGAGGCCAAGCCGGUGCCAAAUGCUCUACUUCCCCCAAGACUGCUGCCCCAGCAGUGGAUUAGCUUGGAAGCAGGUUAAGGUUGCUGUCACCAUUGCUUCUGCACUGGGCUUGCCAGCUAGCACUGCAACACCACAGCACAAGCUAGCAGGGCAGCCCCUUCCAGAGGGACCAGAUCCCUACCUAUGCACCAGCUGGGGCAUCAGGGCCCUGCAGAGCCUCCUGCUGAGGAACGUGAGCCAGGCAGUAGCCAAAGCACAGGCCAGGUCAGAAAGACUCCCCAUUCUUCAGGACAGGAUUGGGUACUGGGCCCAUAGCAAAUAAACAAGCUAAUCCCUGUCUUGGGGUACUGUGGUACCCACAGCUCUUCCCAGGAGUUACUUUGCCAAGGCCAGGCUCUCACUGCUGCCCUGGCACAUUUUCAGCUCCUGCUCUAGAGCAUCCAUGUGUGGGCACUGAAUUUGUUCCUUUGUGCUUGACUCCAAUAAACUGUGCUAAUACUUCUUGCUCUA